AUGGCCACAAGCAAUCACAGCGUCGGCGAACCGGUAGUAGAGAAGCCGUGGCAUGCCGCCUACCCAGCGCCAAAGACCACUGCGGCAGUCAUCACUCGUGAGACCCUCCUCUCAUGGAUGCUCGAAGGAAAGUUAGCUGGAAAAGAUUUCGUUCUUGUAGACCUUCGGAGGACGGACUUCGAGGGUGGGACUAUUCGUGGAUCUAUAAAUCUACCUACUCAAUCUCUCUACUCAACGAUCCCUUCACUGUACGCCCUCCUCUCAACCGCCACCAUUCGAACUGUGAUCUGGUACUGUGGCUCCUCACGCGGUCGCGGCAACCGCGCCGCAGGAUGGUUUGCAGAUUACAUCAAGGAGCAGAACAACACUGAGAUGGAAAGCCGUACACUCGAAGAGGGAAUAAAUGGUUGGGCUACUGGGGGAGAUGAAUAUGUGAGAAUGAUGGACGAAUAUGAUGCUCCAGUGUGGAAGUAGAGUGGGUGUAUCUCCUGCUG